AUGACAUUAUCUCAAGGGGAUACGAUAACAUCGAACGAUGAGCAGCUGAAAAUUAUUUGUUUGGGAGACAGUGCGGUUGGAAAGUCAAAAUUAUUAGAGAGAUUUCUUGUUGACUCCUAUAAAGGUCAGCAGCAUUCAACCUACGCUUUGAAUAUAUUUAAAUAUUCAACAAAAAUUGAAGGAAAAAAUACAACCGUUGAAUUUUGGGAUACUGCUGGACAAGAGCGCUUUAAUAACAUUCAUCCAUCAUAUUUUCAUCAAGCACAUGCAUGCAUUAUGGUGUUUGAUGCAACAAGAAAAAUAACAUAUAAAAACCUUGAUAGAUGGUAUCAAGAAUUACGAGAAGCCAGACAAGCAAUUCCUUGUUUAUGUGCUGUGAAUAAAAUUGAUGCUGAUCUAAAUAUAACAAAGAAAAGUUUUAAUUUUCCAAAGAAACAUGAUAUGCCACUCUAUUUUGUUUCCGCCGCUAAUGGAUCAAAUGUUGUUCGACUAUUUCGUGAUGCAAUUAGAUUAGCUCAUGCUUACAAAUCAGGUGAUUCACAAGAUUUUAUUGAUGAAAUACUUCGAGAAUUAGAGGAUAAUUCCUCCAAAUUAAACGAUACGUCUUUAGUGCCAAUUGUUCGUCGUCAUCCAGCCAAUUACGAUGAUUAUUCUAUUUCAUCUUCACCAUUCGCACCAAUUCAAAAUAAAUUAGUGGAAACAUCAUCUUACACUAAGUCAUCUGUCAGUUAUCCAUCAUCGGAAUCAACAAUAACAUCUGCUACAGUAUUAACAACAGAAUCAAAUCGAAAAACACAUUUUUGUCUUAAAGAAGUAACAUCCAAGACAAAAAAAGCUUGUAUAAAAUCGUCUUGUUUUCAUGAAUUGUCUGCGAAAAAACAAUAUGAACAAAAAGAAGAGAAAUAUGAAUUUUGGUAUACAUUAUUGAUUGCUGAAGAAUGGAAUUUUUAUAAUUUAUUAAAUGAUAAAUAUAAUAAUAUACAAAAAGAAAACGCCAAUGAACAAGAAAUAUUAAAAACUUACUUGAACUAUAUUCAAGAACAUAUCAAACUUAUUAGAAAUAACAAAGAUAUGAAUAAAAUUAUGUUUAUUUAUUUAAAUUCUGUAUCGUUAAUUAAAGAACAGUGGCAAAAAUUUUCAAGACAAAAAGAACUACUGUUUACAUUGUUUUAUCAUUAUGAACGUUUACUUUGUCAAUUUAAUUGUUUAAAAACAAUAUUAGAACAACAACAACAGCAAUCUGGUAUAGUUUUAUGUGCAUUUGUCAUUGAUCGUUUCAAUUGUCUGUUAACACAAAUGAAACAUGAUAAAUCAACAGUAGUACAAGAAACUACUAGUGUCGAAUACCGAUUACAAAAACGUUUACAACCAUCAACAAUUUCAGUUAUUGAUAAACGUUUAUUAGAUGAACAUUUAUUUUUAGAAUUAUCUUCAUUAACUUAUCGUGUUUUAUUACUAUUUAAUGAUAUGUUAUUAAUUUGUAAACCAAAAAUAGAUGGACAUAUAUCAUCAUUUGAAUCUGUACUAAAGAUUUAUAAUACAACGUCAACAAUAUUAAAUAUUCAACAUAAACCCAUUAUGUAUCAUUUAAUUAUUGGAAUUGAUUUACAACAACAUCAAAAACAAAAUCAGCUUGUACUUGUAUUAUCAAUUGAAGAAGCAAUCGGAAUAUCGAAAACCUAUUGUUUUUUACAUCCAAAUAAAAAUUUUUUACUACAUUAUUAUCAUUUACUAGAUAACACAAUAUGUAAAUCAAAAAAAUCACAUAUGAAUAUUUAUCAUGAGUAUCGCUUGUAG